AUGGACGACCAGAGUCGUCUAAGUUUCCCACAAGAGAUAUGGUGGCUCAUCGCCCAAGAGCUUUCGAGUCGCCGCGAUUUCGGCGGGCUUUUUCUCUGUGCCCGUUUGAGCAAAGGGAUCGCCCGACUGGCCUUGCCAGAGCUGUACGCCAUCCACGAUCAGUCGCCUGCCAUCAACGCCCACAUCCUCGACAUGGAGACGUCGAUAUGUCUUUGGCGCUCCAUCAUCGCCUCGAGCCUUGGCAAGACGCUCUUCCCCUACUGCUGUUGGAUCAGGGCCUUGAAGCUCGGCAACCUUCACUCCCAGCUCGAGGAUCUCGCCCGCGAUAAUCCAAUUCUCAAGGCCCAGUUCUUCAGCUCACCGCUCGAGAAGCUUCAGAUUCGAAGUGGAAGAGGGCGAGCACUCAACCUCGACGCCAUUAUUGUCGAAGUGGCUAGCCUAGUGACCGACUGUAUUCGCACGUCCGCUGACAAGGAGGACAAGCGCAUGGGCAUCACCACCCUCGAAGGCUAUUACCUCCCCACCGCCAACCUGCCCACCUGGCUAUCUGGUCUCUCCAGCCUAACAACGCUCGUCGCCCGUGACGGUUCCGUGCUCAACAGCGACGUGGCUCGCGCUAUCCGACAACACUGCCCAGCUUUCCGAGAGGUAGAAUGCUUUUUUUGUCGAGGGACCGACAUUGAUGAACAGAUAGCCGGCUUCUUUAAAAACCUGGAGCCCAACUCACUGGAAUCCUUCACCGUUCUAAGCAUGAAUGAACUCCAAAGGAAGACCUUCAAGGCUCUCUGUAAUCACUCCCGCUCCUUAAAAAGCCUCGCUCUUCUCAGCCUCGAACGACCGGCCUUGGAGUCGUUGAACGAGCUUCAGCACUGCGUCUCCCUGGAGUCACUCAAACUAGAGGGCGAUUGGAGCGCUCAGGUUUACGACUGGCAAACCGAAUCCAAACAGAGCUUCCAGGAGGUUGUACAAUGGCUGAAGGACUGUGCCUCUCUCAAGGAGUUGGACUUCAGGGUCAUUCCGGCUUCGACCACGAUCCUUGCCGAUGUCCUCAAAUCGCCCACGGUCCGUCUUCUCAGUCUCAGCCUCAAAACACUCGACUUCGACGAUGAGUUUUGUGCUGCAUUACAGAACCAAAGCCAACUUCAAGAAUUGUCCAUCCGAUUCGAUGAAGAGCUCAUCGAAUUGAGCGAAGAGCGACGCACACCCCUGGCUGACUCCAUCGCCUGCUGUCACGAGCUGCGCGAACUUGAUACCAACGAGCUGUUCACUUUCGACAACACGAACCAUAUGUGCUCUUCGCUGCCAUUGCUGGAACGUAUCGUCAUGUACGGAGAUCUCAUCGACGACGUGUUCCUGGGGCCGAUUGCCAAACUCUCCAAGCUAAAAUCGCUCAACGUAUACGGCUCCUCGAUCAUCUCGCCCCACGUGCUCAUGGAUUUCCUGGAUCAGCUCGAAGCAGACCCUGAUGGCGAGCACGAAGGGUUGCAGGUGUACAUCGCCAACCAGAACUACGACUUUAGGUUCACGGAUGACGAGGAGGCCUGGCUAGGCACAGAGUUCCACAACCGGUUCAAGGGGCGGUUCGACAUCAAUAACCAGAUGGACCCAGACGAACUGCACGAGUCUGACUUCUCGGAUUAA